AUAAGUACAACCAUCCUCUGUUAGAUAUCUAGUUUCACAGAAGGCCCGUUCGAAGAGCUUCAUCAACGUGCUUUGGGUUGCUUAUGACCAACGGGCAAUUGCGCGUGGUCUGGCACAAGCCUAAGCACAUAUUGUCGUUUUACAUGCCGCUCAAGACAUCUCAGACCUAAACCAGGAGCAUACAGCCUACCGGUGAGGGGUGUAUCUUUCUGCGGCUAAGCUAGCCUGGGCCUGACCUGAGCAGUCCUAGUUUCAGCGCCCUGCCGGCUGGGCAACUGCCACACAACGUCGCGGGCCCCUCAAGAGCGCUGACUAAGCCUGGCGCAUGGACAUUAUUCUCAGGCGGUAUAGCCCACCGCCAUCUUCGCGAAAUAAGCGCCGAGCUAUCGCUGCGGCAGAAAUAUCUCAGCGGUCAGUUGAGGCUGCAGUGGAGCCGGACCUUAGCCAGCCCCAAAACUUACAGAACGGAGACAGCAGCGCUGAAGAACAGAGGCAAAGCCUAAAGGGACGGCAAUCCUGCCUGCAUGCCCAGGUCAAGCAUCCUCUCCAACCCGACGAACCGCUGUCGGACACGCUAACGAACGCGCUUGACGGAGUCGACAUGCUUUCCCAUCAGCAGGAAGAUCGGCAACAGAAGCAACAGCCGCAGCGUGGUGGCCAAGACCAGGUGCCUGCCGCAGAUGUUGAUGCCGCCCGAUCCCUGGACGCCGCUGGAGACAUCGGCGCAGGUCAGGGUCUAGGCUGGUUGUUGCAGCACGGGGGGCUCCGCGACUUAGACGCCCUCCAGUACCAAAUCCUAGUGCAGCAACAGCUGCAACAUCAGCGGUCCCAGGCUGCAUCCUUGAAGGAGGAUGGCCACGGUGGCGAACACCACCACCACCGCCAGCAGCAACAAACGGGCCCGCUUGUUCGGGGUGACCGGGUCGGAGCGGAUGUUGAGCCAGCUGGUGUGCUGCCCGGGCUGGAUGAAGACCUCCGCAGCACCAGCCCGACAGCGGCAACAGCAGCAGAGCAGCAACAGCCCAGGCAGUUGGCCGCGCAGCAGCCCAGGCGCCCCUCAGGCACCGGCACGCUUCCCGACAGUGACCGCAGCCGGGAUAGCAGCCGGAGGUACAGCGGGGAUGCCGGCGGCGGCGGUGACGCAACCCGCCCCGGCGGCCGCGGUGGUGGCGGGUUGGCUCCUCGUCCUGCUGCUGCUGCGCCACCUCCUGCUGCACACCAGCAACAACAGCAAUCGCAUGCAGCCGCUGCUGCCACCCCGCAGCAGCAGCAGCAGCUCCUCAGACAGCAACAAGAGGAGCAGCUACAGCAGCAGCAGCCGGCUGGUCCCACAUCCGCGGCCUCACCCAGUGAUGACGUCAUCAUUGUGGACAGUCCGGAAGCUGAUGUGCAGCAGCGGCAGCAGCGGCGGCAGGCUGCCCCUGCUGCUGCCCCUGCCCCUGCUGGCCAACAGGCGCAGGGCCGGAAGGGGGCGGCUCCUCCUCCACCAGCUGCUGCUACCUCUCCUCCCAGCGGCGUGAAGGGCAGGGAGCAAGGGGCGGCAGCCCCUGCUGCUGCUACUGCUGCUGCUGGUGCUGGUAGGCCGCGUGACCGGCCCUCCCUGGAGGAUGACUUGGCGCUGGUGGCAGGUGCGCUGGAGAUGCUGGCUUCGGGCUCGGGCGGAACGGCUGCAGGCCCAGCAGCAGGAGGAGGAGGAGGAGGGGGGCCAGCAGAAGCAGCCGGUGGCGGCGGCGGCAGCAGCAGCCUAGGAGUCCCCUCAGUUUCUGGCCGAGGCGGCGGCGGCGGUGGCGGUGGCCGAGGCGGGUCCGCGGGCGGCCGAGGCAAUGGCCGGGGCAUGCGUGCUGGCGGCACGGGACCUCGCAUCAUUCGCGGAGGCCCGUCGUACGACCAAGCCGACGACGUCAACGGCGGCGGCGGUGGCGGAAGCAAGUACGGCACCUCUGCUGCCCCGCGACGUGGGCCUGCUGACGACGGCGCGGCCAGCGUGAGCAUCAGCGGCAGCGGCGCCGCGGGCGCUGCAGGGCGAAGAGCUGACCCGAUGGUAGCAGCAUCUGGUAGCACGAGGGGGCUACCGCGGCGGGCGCGUGGAGAUGGCAUGGAGGUUGACGCGGGAGCGGAGGGUGACGGAGGGGGUGGCGAGUCGCCGCCCGUACGGCAGAACGGUGGCGGCGGAGGCGGAAGGCUCAGCGGAGGUGGUCAGCAAUGGCGGGAGGAGGAGGAGGAGGAGGUGGCGGAGGAUGUGGAGUUGUUUGGUUACGUGCCUCGGCGGCCGCGCACCUCGGUGUACUGCUCGCCUUUGCUGUACGAACAUCUCAUGGCUCGAGAUCCCAACCAACAGGUACCGGUUCUGUUGCUUUCGGUUGAGCAGUUGGCUCGCGCGCUUUCGCGGCAGAAGCAGUUGCAAAUGGAGCAGCAACGAGCCAAGGAGCAGAGGUUGCAGCAGCGGGAGCAGCAGCAGCUGUUGCUGCAGCGGAGGGCUCAAGAGCUGGCGCUGCAGCAGCAGCGGGAGAGGGAGCGUGAGAACCUGAUGCUGCAGCAACAGCAGCAACAGCGGGAACGAGAACGGGAGCGGGAUCGAGAACUGAAGCUGCGUGAACGUGAGGCACGGGAUUACGAGCGCGGUCAACGGGAGAUGUUGUUGCAUCAACAACAGCAACACCAUCACCAACAACGGCAGCAACUGAGGGAGAGGGAUUUCCGUGAGAGGGAUCGCGAUCAGCAGUCCUUGCUGCCACCGCAGCCUAUAGUACCGCCACUGUCGCUGCAGCAGCAGCAGCAGCAACCCCCCCUUCAGCCUCUGUCUUCUCGAGGAUCUCGAGCCGCUGCUGGCGCGGCUAUUGGCUUGGGACUGGCCGGCCCGAACUCGGGACCGGCUGGCCUACAAGAGCUAGACCCGCAGGCCCAGCACCUGCUUCGGAGGGCUCUUCAGCUGCAGCAGCAACACCAGCAGCGGCAGCGGCCGGCGCCAGUCACCGUUGUGACACCCCUAGACUGGGAUUCCGCAGCGGCGGCGGCUGCUCACGAGCAUGACAUGCAGGGCGGCAUGCUUGCAAACGCGGCGGCGGCGGCGCGGAAGGUAGGCCUGGCGGCUGUGGCAGGGCGCAUACCGCCGCCGGCGGCGGCGGCGGCAGCCGACUGGCAGGACGUAGCGGAGCUGCUUGGAGGCCGGCGGAGCAGGAACGCCGCCGCCAACCCAGUCGAUUUGGUGGCGGCGGCGGCGACAGCCGCCGAUGCAGAUGUGCUGCCGCCUCCGCCUGGCGGCGGCGGCGGCAGGGGUAAGGGGUCCGUGCCUCCAUACGGCCGAUCGUACCAGGAGGCAUCCGCCGCUGCUGCUGCCGCUAAUGCGCUGUUGCAGCAGCAGAAGCAGACGCUGCAGGCGCAACAAGCGACGUUGGCGGAGACGCUGCUGGCACGACUGGGCUACGGAGGUCGCGGAGGCAAGGGAGCGGCGUUAAUGGGGCCGUUGGGUGCAGUGGGCGGCGGCGGCGGGCUAGGAGAUGUUGGCUUGGGCGGUGCUGACGUCACCGGCGGCGGCAGCGAUGGGGGUAUGGAUACCGUCGGUGGGCUGUUGCAAGGGGGGAUGUUGCUGGGCGGAGGCGCUCCCCAGCAGCCACUGCUGCAUGCGCACCUGCAGCAGCAGCAGCAGCAACAACAGCAGCUGGUGGGGGGCAUGGGGGCGCAGGCGGGCGGCGAGGGGGUUGAGGCUCCCGCGCCGAAGCGACGUGGCCGACCGCCCAAGCACGCGCGCCCCGCGCCCGCAGCCGCCCCUGCAGCCGACAAACAGCAGCAGCAGCAACAGCAGCAGCUGCCACUCAGCACACAGCAAGGCGUCAGCGGAGGCCCUGCUAAGCGCUCAAGGCCUUCACUCGACGACUCUCCUGGAGCAGGAGCGGGAGCAGGAUACUAUCCCGGUGUUGGACCUGGCGGAGGUGGCGGAAGUGCUGGGUACGACCGAGGGUACGGCGGGUCCGCUCGUGGAUUGGAUUUGGAUCCGGAUUUUGCGGACGAGGCGGAGGAUUACCGAGGCGGCAUGGCGGGUCCUCGGGAUCAUCGUGGAGGUGCGGGCCUGGAGGAGGCUCGGCGGUACAGCCAGCAGCAGCAGCAGCCGCGGCGAGGCAUGCGGGAGGAGGAGGGACUGGGUGAGGGGCCUGCAGGUAGGGGCCAGCUGCAGCGGCCGCUGCCCCUGGGAGCGGGUGGUGGCGGCGGCAGCGGCAGCCAGCGCAACGGCGGCGGCGGCGGUCCGCAGCAACGAGCCCCGUCGUACAACGACAUGCUGCCGUACCAUGAUGAUGAACUCGAAGAACCUCUCGGCUCCGGAGCAGCCGCAUGGGGCCCCCUGAAUGGCCGGGCUGGCGGCGGCGGCGGCGGUAGCCGAUUGCAGCAGCAGAGCUCGCAAGACAGGCGAG